AUGCUCCCUCAGUACACACCCGACUUCACUUUCCAUAAUGCAGACUGGAGUGAUCAUGGCCCUAUUGGUUCGCUUAACGUGUUGUUAGCAAAAAAAAAGACCAAGAGCCCAAACGAUUAUCUCCGGGAAUGGAUGGCUCGGAAGGACGAUUACCUUCGAGUCCUUCUAGAACGGGAGGCUCCGCCUUCGAACAAGUGUUGUUCGUUAUGCAAUGCAGAUUCGGUGGUGUACCGGUGCCACGAUUGCCUCGGUGAUCCCAUGUUUUGCAUCAAAUGCUGUCAAGAUGAGCAUAGACAAUUGCCAUUUCACAAAAUAAGCAAAUGGAACGGGAGCUUUUUCGAAGCGACAUCAUCGACGAAGAUCGAUAUGGAAUUUCAUCUGGGGCAUAGUGGGCUUCCGUGUCCGUGUCUCAAGGAUAUCCAUGAAUGGGAGGACUUAGAAGAGCCCACUUGCGAACUGUCCUCUGACUACUCAGCAACACUGGAGCUGCCAUUUCUACAUGCAAAAGAAUGCACAACAGUUAUUGACAAAUCCAGAGUCCAUUCGCUCCUCAUCAGGUAUUGUAAAUGCCCAAAUGCCGCUUCCCCGGACAGGCAGCUGUUUGCAAUGGGCAUGUUUCCGGCAUCAUUCAGUCGGCCCAAAUCGGCAUUCACAUUUUCUGUACUGGAUAGUUUUCUCCUCAACAACUUGGAAUGCGGGACGUCUGCUAUGAAUUACUACUCUAAAUUAAGGCGAAUGACAUCUAGCACAUUUCCGCAUCUAGUCCCUGACCGGUAUAGGGAAUUAAUGCGGGUUGGAAGGCAAUGGCGUCAACUGAAACUUCUGAAAUGGAAUGGCUUUGCUCACGAGAGAAGACUUCCGGAUCCAGGUGAACUUGCCCUAUUUUGCCCCACCUGUCCGCAACCCGGUAUCAAUGCACCACAGCCAGCCGAAAGAGACAGCAACCAUCCGGAUUGGAUAUACGCCAGAUCACUAGUGAUGGAUGGUAAUUUUAAAGCAGAACAUCUCCAUCCUACUCGUCCGGAAGAUGAAGUAUGGUUGACCGAUGGAAGGUGUUUCAUGGUGACCAGAGAACAAUACAAGAUGCAUCUUGCUGGUGCCAAAGAAAAUGCGCACAUGUCGGAAUGUAACAACCAUCGGGCUGUAAAUCAAGCAAAUGCUUCCCGACACAAACUGGAAGCUACAGGAAUAGGUGGUUGCGCAUGUGCUCGACAUGGCUGUUUUGUCCCCUAUUCUAUUGUCGAUUUUCAGAAAGGCGAAAGACACAUGAACAUGGACUACGCUCUAUGUCACGCUUUGAGCCAUAAUACCGAUGGACUCAGUCAAGCUUUGACAUUUUAUGACGUUAAUUGCCAAUAUAACAAAUUUUUGCGGCGCAGGGUAAAUGACAGUUCACACUUGAGCAUUCCGGCCGGUAUGGAGAUAGUUCCGGGAAUAGGACUUUGGCAUGUCCAUGGUCAUCAGGACAAAUGCUAUGUCCGGUAUGCAUCCACCUUCAUCACAGGGGCAGCCAGGAUCGACGGGGAGAUCAUGGAGACAUUGUGGGCGCCCCUGAAUAUCAUAUCUCCCUCUGUGAGAGGGAUGUCCACUCCCCAUCGACAGGAAUGUCUUGACUACCAAAUGAACGACUCAAAUUUUAUGAAAAUGAUCAGAAUGAGUGGUUUCCUAUGUCGGAAAUAUCGAGAAGCAGUGAAGGGAGUGUCCGAAAGCAUGACGGCAUUUGAGAAGCUGAAUGAAACCGUGGAUUCUGCCAUGGUCGAAGCUUGGGUGGAACAAGAUCGAGAAGCACAAUUGCAUCAAAGCACGGAUCCAUCGGCAAUGGACAUAUUCGACGUCCAGCUGCAAAAGGCACCGACCAGGAAACAGCAAGAGUUGGCUUUACUGUCUUCUUGGACCGGUAACGGAGGAGGGCACGCAAAAUGCGGUGUUGCUACGUGGAUCGCAUCCGGUAUCACUAUAGAAGAGCUGCAAAUAUCUCUCUUGAUCGACAUCCGGAGGUUGGGAAAACACUCCACCGAAAUGCAGCUCCUGGAGAUAGUGAGACGUCGUACAAAGCUGCAAAGUAGGAUAGAUGAAUUUACAACCACGGCAGUCAAUCAUUUCGGAGAAGACUUUGAUCUGGAUGACGAUAUCAGAGAUCUCGAGGUUGAAUUUAUAGAUGACUCAGAGGGUGAAGGAGACGUGUUUACCGAGAGUGACCAUGAUUCCGACCAUGUCCCUCAAUGCAAUUUCUUCCGUCCCGAGAAGGUGGUUAUACCUCUCCCAUCGAAUAUUGGCAUCAAAAGGUGUACUGAGCUGGGCGUCAUCCACCUUGUGGGUCAGGAAGUUGCACUUCGGGAAGGGCAGGCCAAUGACACCCUGCAAGCAAUCCAAGUUCUGCUAGCUGAUAAGGCUGUGCUCUUCCGCGCCACAGUUCAUCCGGCCAAAUCCCAGGCAAAGUCAACCAGGGCGUGGACUCAGGUACAUUCGGUGGAAAGGGUCAUCAGACAGCAAACAAUGAUUUAUUUGAAAUGCCGGGCGCAACUCGGCAAUCUACAAGCUCACAACCUCUUAGAGAAAUAUCUCCGGAUGGAGAGAAGUCAUCUCAAAGCUACUGCCGCUGUAGCCGAUCCCAAUGCUCAGGGACAAAGAAACUCCACGCUUCUGUGGUUCUGGUCUCUUGAUGUUCAGGGAGAUUCUGGCACAGUUUACAGGGUUCAUUGGCUUUGCACGAAAGCAUUGCGUGAUCGGUGGUCGGAAGAACUGCUACUGGUUGGCCAUGAAAUGGGUUGGACUGUGCAGUUCUUCCUGCACAAGGCACGCUCAUGGUUAUCACGCAUCACCCACAACGGCGAUCCACUCCCAGAAGGGCACAAAUGUUAUGCAAUUCGGCAGGCCCACAUGUACCACGACUUGGCCGAACAUGCACGUGCAAGUUUUCUAAAGGCAAAUCCAAAGUUCACAAUAAAUGCUUGA